AUGUCAGACGGUGAAGGCGAGGCGCCCGGCGUCAGGGAGCGCGGCCAGCGCCCCCCGCCGGCGGACGCGUCGUCUGCAGCGAGAGAGGAACGGACCAACAGGCAGUUGGACCUGGCAGCUGUCACGGUGGCAUCAAGGUUGCCAGAGUUCUGGGCGGACCAGCCCAGGCAUUGGUUCCUGCAGGUGGAGGCCAUCCUAAAUCCACAGCACCUCAAGGACCAGGCGAGGUAUGACCUAGUGCUGGGGAAGCUGACGAAGAGUGCGAUAGGGCAGAUCACAGACCUUCUGCUUCAGCCGCCAGCAACAGGGAAGUACGUUGCCCUUAAGGAAAAGCUCUUGGAGAUUUAUGAGGACUGUGCAAAAGCUCAGCUGCAGAAGCUCCUCAGCGAUAUGGAGCUGGGCGACCAAAAACCAUCACACCUGUUGAGGAAGAUGAGGGAUCUAGCGAGAGGCAACGUCCCUGACCAGACGCUGUGUAUUCUGUGGCAGAAUCACCUACCUCAAGCGGCUAGAGCAGCAGUUGCAGUCGCCGACACGCAGAAUUUGGACAGUCUGGCCGCCAUCGCAGACAAGGUGCUAGAGGCGGUGAGGCCGACUUCCCACGUGGCCGAGGUAAAAACAUCGUCCUCGCGAGGAGGAGCAACGCCCAUCCCGGACAUGACAGCGGUGUUAGCUGCUUUGGAGAAACUCGACGCUAGGAUGUGCAGUCUGGAGGGGCAAUCAAAGCGGUCGGAUCGGUGCCGUUGUCAAACGCGAGGAAGAUCCGCAUCACGAGGGAACAUGCGUCGCCGUUCAGCAUCGCGCGGAAGGAGCACCACCAGAAGAACGCCUGAAAGCCCUGACUGGCUAUGUUCUUACCACUACAGGUAUAGAGAGAAGGCGCAACGAUGCGUACCACCUUGCGCUUGGAGAACAGAGCCGUCGGGAAACUAA